CACAUUCACACACACACAGUGAUCUCAAUAUGGCCGAGAUCAACAACAUCAGUCGCCCCAAGACCAAGAUCGUCUGCACGCUCGGACCGGCCUCCCGCUCCGUGCCCAUGGCCGAGAAGCUACUGCGCGCCGGGAUGAACGUCGCCAGAUUCAAUUUCUCUCACGGCUCGCAUGAAUACCAUCAGGAGACUCUCGAAAACCUCCGCCAGGCCAUGAACAACACCGGCAUCCUCUCUGCUGUCAUGCUCGACACCAAGGGUCCAGAAAUUCGAACUGGCUUCCUGAAAGACGGCACGCCUGUUCAGCUUAAGCAGGGCCAAGAGAUCACAGUUUCCACCGACUAUGACAUUAAGGGUGAUGAGAAGAUGAUUAGCAUGAGCUACAAGAAGUUGGCUGAAGAUGUUAAUCCAGGGAGUGUCAUACUCUGUGCUGAUGGCACCAUCACUUUUACUGUUCUGUCUUGUGACAAAGCGAAAGGUUUGGUACAAUGCCGCUGUGAGAACACCGCAAUGCUUGGUGAGAGAAAGAAUGUCAAUCUUCCUGGAGUCAUUGUGGACCUCCCAACUUUGACAGACAAGGACAAGGAGGAUAUAAUGAAAUGGGGAGUUCCUAAUAAAAUUGACAUGAUUGCUCUUUCUUUUGUUCGCAAAGGUUCUGACUUGAUCGAGGUUCGUAAGUUGCUGGGUGAACAUGCCAAAAGCAUCCUUCUCAUGUCCAAGGUUGAAAAUCAAGAAGGGGUGGCAAAUUUCGAUGAAAUUCUUGCCAAUACAGAUGCUUUCAUGGUUGCAAGAGGUGAUCUAGGAAUGGAAAUUCCUAUUGAGAAGAUAUUUUUGGCCCAGAAAGUCAUGAUUUACAAGUGCAACAUCUACGGAAAACCUGUGGUCACAGCUACACAGAUGUUGGAGUCCAUGAUCAAGUCCCCAAGGCCAACUCGAGCAGAAGCCACUGACGUUGCCAAUGCUGUUCUUGACGGAACAGACUGUGUAAUGCUCAGUGGCGAAACAGCUGCAGGAGCUUAUCCAGAACUCGCAGUUGCUACCAUGGCAAAGAUUUGUUUAGAAGCUGAGAGUACAAUUGACUAUGCUGAUGCAUUCAAGCGCAUCAUGGUAAAUGCACCGGUCCCCAUGAGCCCAUUGGAGAGUCUUGCAUCAUCAGCUGUUCGGACAGCUAACUCAGCGAAAGCUGCUCUCAUUUUGGUCCUAACUAGAGGAGGAAGUACUGCUAAGCUGGUUGCUAAAUACAGGCCAAGCAUGCCGAUAUUGUCCGUGGUGGUUCCUGAAAUAAAGACAGAUACCUUCGAUUGGUCAUGCAGUGAUGAAUCUCCGGCUAGGCACAGCCUUAUAUUCAGGGGUCUGGUUCCGAUUCUCUGUGCAGGAUCUGCAAAGGCUUCUCACGAAGAGUCCACGGAGGAAGCACUGGAAUUUUCUCUUGAGCAUGCUAAAACAAAAGGUCUCUGCAAGGCCGGGGAUGCUGUCGUGGCUCUUCACCGAAUUGGAACAGCGUCUAUCAUCAAAAUUGUCACGGUGAAGUGAUUCUGAGAUGACAUGGGUUAUUACCGGCGAACAAAGCAUCAAACUUUCUUAUAUGUUUUGAUUUUUUUAAAAUUCUUUUUUUGUGUUGUUCACCACCUUUGACAGGGUGUUAUUUUGAGUUUGCACCCUGUAAAUAAAUGUGAUUUGGCACAUUUCAAACUCCGAUAUAAGAAAUUUGUUAAGAGAUGAAAUAAAUGUAAAUAAUG